AUGACUGCUGAAGACCGUAUCUUCCUCAAGCAGCUCGAGGAACUCCGCCUCGACCAGCAUCGCAGACAUACGCUGGGGGAUGCUAGGGAGACCGUCGCACGCGCUGAAGAUUUGGGUCCGCAACGUGAGUUGGAGCAUGCGGAGCGCGACCGCCAAGCAGCUUUGCGAGUGGAGGAGAAUGCGCGUAGGCAGAAGGAAGAGGAGGAAUUGCGCCGUUUGGAAGAACUGCGUCGUAAAGAGGAGGCACGUCGUCGGCAGGAGGAGGAGAAGCGCAGGGAAGAAGAGUCCAGGCGUCGCGCCGAGGAACGCGCGCGCCUUCGUGAGGAGCGCGAGCGCGAGCUUCAGGCUAAACGUGAGGCUUUCCGUAAGGCCCAGGAGGAAGCAGAGCGCCGGGCCCGCGAGCAAGCAGCACAGCGCCUUCGUGAAGAGGCAGAACGUCAAACGAGGUUGCGCCAGGAAGAGCUUCGCCGGAACGCAGCUCAAGCAGAUCUCGUGGCGUUCUUCGAACUGCAUGACGCUAAAUGGGAGGAGCUCAGAAAGAGCAAGACUUUGACUUCGGUCAUGCUCUGCGAGAUGCCGUGGCCCAUCUUUGAGCAAGGCUGCACCUCCGCCGAUGAUAUCACCCGCCGCGGCAUGGAUGAAUUCAUCUUCCACCCCCUCCGCCCGGGGAUGGAGAUCAAGUCGCGCAAGGACCGAUUGAAGGUAGAGAUGCUUAGAUUCCACCCUGACAAGUUUAACUCGCACAUCGUGUGCAAGUUACGGGAGUGCGAUAGGGAGAAGGCGAUCGAGAUCGCAGGUGCAGUGGCUAGAAUACUGACUGACAUGAUGACUGAGGAGAUUAGGAGGGAGUAG